AUGCCACCGGAGCAACUUACUGACGGUGGCCAUGGACAUGCGUGGCAAGACGCAGCGUAUGAAAUUGAGGUUGCUUGUGAGCGACUUCUAACCAAUAACAUGCCUAUGCCCAAAGAAAGCCUGUUAAGAAAAUGGGAUAUGAUAGGACCGAUUCCUUAUAUGCAGACGCCAGUGGUUCCGGAAACAGCGGGAAAGACAAAUGAUGCUGAGAAGAAAAGUUCUAAACCGUCUUCUGCGGAAAAACAGCUACCUCAUCGUCCAACAGAGAAAACGGGUGGUGGUAACGAUAAACGUGAAGGUGCUGGCAAGAGUGGUGAACGUGCACCUCCUCGCAAAGAUGAAAAACGCGAUCCUCCUCGCAAAGAUGGUAGAGAGGAAAACGUAUUACCUCCUAAGAGUGGUGAAAAUGGGAGGGAGCGUGAGAAACCUGAGCCCUCUAAGAGAGGCGAACGUGCACCUCCUCCUCGCAAAGAGGAGAAACGCGAUACUCCUCGCAAAGAUGGUAGAGAGGAAAAACGUGCACCCUCUAGAAGUGGUGUACCUUCUAAAAGUGGUGAACGUGCAGAUCCUCAAAAAGAUGAUAAAGGUGAAAGACGUGAUCAUACUCGCUCGCGACCGAACGAGGAAAAAGGGAGUUCAAGAAACACAUCUAAGCAGGAUCUGACUCCGGGUGCCGAAAAGAAAUCCAGUCGCAAACCCGAUACGCCUAAAAGAAGGACACCUCUUGUAUGA